AUGAGAGUGCAUUUGUUUCGACUAGUUGUAAUUUUCAGAGUAUUGGCGUUGGUAUUUGCAAAUUUACCCAGCCACAAUCCUUUGAAAGAAGAGAUUCCUAUAUUUAAGAUAACUGCUAAAACUCACGAUAGGAAUACCAUAAGUGAUUUUCUACAACAAGUUGCAAACAAGAUUACUAAUUCGCCUACAAACUUAUCCAAGUUUAAGGCAUGGUCUACUUCCUCGAACAACGGGGCGUCCUUAAAUAAUGAUGCCGAAAAGCAAUGCUUGGAAGAUUCAAGUAUAAAGUACUAUAUAAGAUCAUUGACAUUAACUGAUCAGAUUUACGAUGCCAGCGAGUGCAGGAUCAACAUGAACCCACGCAUGCAGUCUAUAAUCCAGCCAACCUACAAUGUCCAUAAUUUGAUUUUAAGGGAAAAUGAUACAAUUCAGACUCAGUUAAAGUAUGUUUUAGUCGAUGAGUUUAAUAGGUAUGAACAGUUUAAGGAUUACAAGUUUAAUGACUUUGAAAACUUAAACUACGACAUCACUUGUUUGAUAGAUUACCAACAGUUGAUGCAAGUUGAAUUCAGGGAAACCUUGAUUGAAGUGGGCUUGGAAAGACGCGUCGAGAUUGAUAAUUCUUGCGAGUUUAAUAAACUAAACCUCCAGUUUACAGGAACAGCAAUUGACUAUGUCACAAGCCAUGUACCACUAAAUGGAACUUUUUUUUGUAGAAAAGGUCGAAGCUCAACUUGUAAUAGGAGCAUCGCCGAGUCAAAAAAUGCUAGAUAUAAGUUGCCCGAUUAA